AUGGCGGCCCCAAGAAGUGUACAGCGAUUGCAGCAGACGCUGUCGCACGUUCAGCCUCCAACGAACCCACAGCUGUCCAUUGUCGCUGGUCCGACAGAGCCACCGCUGCUGGACAUUACCCUAGGCGAAUUACUGACCUUGCAAGCAUUGCAAUAUGGAGGAAUUGAAUGUCUGGUCUUCCCCUGGACGGGAGCCCGUUGGACAUACGGGCAACUAAAAGACGAGACGGACCGUCUCGCCCGAGGCAUGUUAGCCUCGGGAAUUCAAAAAGGCGAUCGCAUCGGCAUCAUGGCAGGCAAUUGUGAACAAUACAUCUCGGUGUUCUUUGCGGCCGCCCGGGUCGGAGCUAUUUUGGUGGUUUUGAACAACACGUACACCCCCUCGGAGCUGUAUUACGCUUUGAAUCAUAGUGGAUGCCGAAUGCUCUUUAUGACCCCGCGUAUUGGUCGCCAUAAUCUCGAGGAAGCGGCUACUUCGGAAUCGCUGGAGGAAAUUGUUAUUCUGCGCGACUCUUAUAAGAACUUUGCCAAUUAUCAGGAUGUCGUGAAGCGGGGCUUGGAGCAAGAUGCGCACUUGCUGCAGGAUCGUGAGGGCGAAUUGCGCCCGGAUGAUGUUUGCAAUUUGCAAUUUACCAGUGGCUCUACGGGAAAUCCCAAGGCUGCUAUGUUGACGCACCACAAUCUGGUCAACAAUUCUCGAUUCAUCGGUGAUCGAAUGAAUCUGACAUCUUUCGAUAUCCUGUGCUGCCCCCCACCUUUGUUCCACUGCUUCGGCCUGGUGCUGGGCAUGUUAGCAGUCGUGACCCACGGCGCCAAGAUCGUGUUCCCUGGCGAGAUCUUUGAUCCCAAGGCGGUGCUUCAUGCUAUCUCCGACGAGAAGUGCACUGCAUUGCACGGUGUGCCGACGAUGUUUGAGGCAAUCCUCAGCGUGCCGAAGCCUCCUAACUUCGACACCUCGAACCUGCGCACCGGUAUCAUUGCAGGAGCCCCUGUCCCACGCCCAUUGAUGAAGCGCCUCUUUGCAGAACUUAACAUGACAGAAUACACAAGUAGCUACGGCCUUACGGAAGCCUCCCCCACAUGCUUCAACGCCUUCACGACAGACAGCAUCCACACGCGCCUCACAACGGUCGGAAAGGUUCUCCCACACGCCCGCGCAAAGAUCAUCGACGCACACGGCAACAUCGUCCCCGUCGGCCAGCGCGGCGAGCUAUGCAUGGCCGGCUACCAAUUGACCAAGGGAUACUGGCACAACCCCGAAAAGACGGCCGAAACAUUCAUCACGGACGCCGAGGGCGUCAAGUGGCUGAAGACCGGCGACGAAGCAUCCUUCAACGCGGAGGGUUACUGCACGAUCACCGGACGAUUCAAAGACAUCAUUAUCCGCGGCGGCGAAAACAUCUACCCGCUCGAGAUCGAGGAACGAUUAUCCGCGCAUCCCGCGAUUGAACUCGCUUCCGUGAUUGGCAUUCCGGAUCCCAAGUACGGUGAGGUGGUGGGUGCGUUUAUUACGGUCGCGUCGGGCGCGCAGCGCCCCACUGAUGACGAACUUCGGAACUGGACUCGUGAGACGCUUGGUCGACACAAGGCGCCGCAGCAUGUUUUCGUCUUUGGCGAGGAGGGCGCUUCUAGUCAGGUUCCUGUUACGGGGAGUGGGAAAGUGAGGAAGGUGGAAUUGAGAGAUAUGGCGACUGCGGUGUUGGCGCAGCGGAAGUAA